CUGUGUCUGUCUGUGUGUGUGUGUGCCUCUGUGUGUGCUGAUGUAGGCGACAUCUGCCAGCAGUUCACCAGAGAGAUGUUUGACAUGUACCAGGGCUUCAUCUCCUAUAAACACUGGGACUUUGAGCUCUUCAAUUACACUCCGGCAGAUUACGGUGGUCUCCAUCAUGCUGCCGUGAGGAUCUCCGGGGGGUCUGUGUACCGCUGGCUGAGGUUCGAGGGCGGGACACACCGAGUGCAGAGGAUUCCUGAAGUGGGUCUGUCGUCACGCAUGCAGCGCAUUCACACGGGAACCAUGACGGUCAUAGUGCUGCCGCAGCCUCGUGAUGUGGACAUUCACAUCGCAUCUAAAGACCUGCGCAUCGACACGUUCAGAUCGCGCGGCGCAGGAGGUCAGAGCGUCAACACCACCGACAGCGCCGUACGCGCAGUUCACCUGCCCACAGGUGCGUCUGAGCGAGUGUACUACUACAGGUGCGUCUGA